CAUAGGGUCAGGGAUAUAAAUGCCCAUCACCACUGAGGGCCUGCUGUAGUUGAGGAGUGAAUCGACUCCAAGGAAACAGUUCAGAAAGCUCUGACCCUUGGCCCCCAAAUUUCUUACGGAACUGAGUACAGCUGCGGGAAGGCGCUGCCAAACUCGCGGAGGAGACCCGCGAAGCAGGUGGUGAGGAGCCUUUGAUCUCUGUGCUUUCCUGCGCCAUCCCAGCAUGUGCACCGGGGGCUGUGCCAAGUGCCUGGGGGGCACCCUCAUUCCCCUGGCUGUGUUUGGCCUCCUGGCGAAUAUCCUGUUGUUCUUCCCUGGAGGAAAUGUGGUGGACGACAACAGCCACCUUUCGGAAGAGGUCUGGUAUUUCGGAGGCAUAGCGGGAAGCGGCGUCUUGAUGAUCUUCCCUGCGCUGGUGUUCCUGGGCCUGAAGAACAAUGACUGCUGCGGUUGCUGUGGCAAUGCGGGCUGCGGGAAGCGAUUUGCGAUGUUCACCUCCACAUUGUUUGCUGUGAUUGGAUUCUUGGGUGCCGGGUACUCAUUUGUCGUCUCAGCUGUCUCCAUCAACAAGGGGCCUAAAUGCUUGAUGUCCAAUAAUACGUGGGGAUACCCCUUUCACAACGGUGAUUAUCUUAAUGACCAAGCCUUGUGGAACAAGUGCACAGAGCCCAAGGAUGUGGUCCCCUGGAACCUGACCCUCUUCUCCAUUCUGCUGGUCAUUGGAGGCAUCCAGAUGGUUCUCUGUGCCAUCCAGGUGGUCAAUGGCCUCCUGGGAACCCUCUGUGGGGACUGUCAGUGCUGCGGCUGCUGCGGGGGCAAUGGAACAGUCUAACAGGUGUGGCCAGCUCCUCCAACCUUACAGCACUUCCUGUGGGAAGAUAGACGUGCCACGGACACGCCCCAGACCCAGCCUUGCUAAUUCUUGCCUGCUUCCUCCCAGGCAGAGCUUGGGAGGCAGGAGGGAUUCUUUUCUCUCUCCGCAUAACUUUGCUCAACCUAGAAAUUUGGUGGGUUGUUUUGUUUUUUCAAAAAAAAAUUAAUAAUAAUUGGGUAACUUUACAAAUUAGCCCCCCUUUUAGAAAUCCAGAAGAAGUUAAAAGCAGAUUUUUCAUGACUUCCUUUAAAUAAUGUAACCAGAACGAAGUCAUUUCUCCUACCGCGCCGCUUCUUUGUAUAUAAAGAUGUUCCUAUUUUUGGAAGAUCUGCAUAACUCAAAGGGAAAAAACAUUAACGUGAAAACCAGUUUUCCAGGAUGCAUGGAUAAGGAGUAAUUGCUGUAUGAUACAUAAUUUUUAUGGGAAGCCUGUUUUGGCUAACUUGUCUGGACUGCUUGUGACUAGUUUUAUGAGGCUGUCAUCAUUAGCCAGGGCUCCCACAUGUAUAUUAAAUUAAAUUAUUUAAAUUCAGAAUUAAAAUAAUAAACACGGUGUGUGUGUGCCAGGGAGGAAGAAGAAAGAGAAUGAAUCAUA